AUGAAGGGCACACGGAACGGAGAUGUGUACAAACAGAAAGAAUAUUCGGUUACUGAGGUAGAAGAUGAAAGCAAUUUGAAGUGUCGAUUUGGACCAAAGGGCUGCUUAAAUAUAAAAUGGGUAGUUUUCUGGUUGUGUGUGAUCGGUUUUAUAGAGGGAGCUGCUGUCAAUGGCGUCACCAAUAUAGUGUUAACUACAUUAGAAAGACGUUUCAGUCUGCCAAGCUCUCAGUCGGCUCUUAUCGUCAGUUCAACAGACAUUGGUGCUGUAAUAUUUGUACUGUUUGUUAGUUUCUAUGGUGCUAAGAAGAAUCGUGCUGUCGUUGUAGGUCUGGGAACAUUAAUAAUGUCGCUCGGUUCCUUCCUAUUUUUGAUUCCACAUUUUGCAACAGAUCCGUACGAUUAUCAAGGGGCAAAUGUCAAUUCAACAAGUCAGAUAUGUGAGAUCGGCGGUGAUGACACCUGUACUGCACCAUCACAAUCUGGAAGUGGCUUUUUAUACGUUUUUAUGUUGGCUCAGUUUGUACAUGGUAUUGGAUUCACACCAAUGUUUACACUUGGAACAGCAUACGUAGACGAUAAUGCUAAAACAGAAUCAACCGCUAUUUAUUUAGGUUUGAUUUAUGCAUUGACAGCAUUGGGCGUUGCCGCUGGAUACAUGGGAGGUGGACAGUUUCUAUCACUUUGGGUAGAUUUUGAAAGAGUAGAUACCACAUAUAUUUAUGACAACUUUACACCAAUGGAUCCAAUAUGGGUUGGAGCUUGGUGGGUUGGUUUUAUUAUAACCUGUGUAACGUUCUUCCUGUCAGCUAUACCAAUGUUUGCCUACCCUAAAAACUUACCAGGAAGUGCUGCCAUUAGAGCUGCGCGUUUGACUGAAGAAGAUAGAGCAAGAAUAGCAAAGCAGAAAAAUGACACUAGGUCACUAAAAUUAAAGAUGCUGGAUUUCCCAAAAGCUAUACUGAUUCUUAUUAAAAUACCAUGCUUUGUAAUUAUUACUUUGGCUGCAUGUGCCGAGACUUUGAUCAUAGGAGGUCUGGCAGCGUUUGCACCAAAAAUCCUAGAGGAGAAGUUUGAUGUUGUUCCCAGUAAUGCCGGUCUUAUCAUGGGUGCAGUGACUUUGUUAGGUGGGGCAGGUGGUAUGGUUUUUGGUGGUGUUUUAAUUAAAUGCUUUAGGCUGCAAGUUCGUGGCAUGACAAGAUUGUGUUGUCUGAUGGCUUUAUUAUCGCUAGCAAUCGGAGCAGGAUUCUUUAUCAACUGUGAAGAAAAAUCAUUCGCUGGUUUAUCAGCUACCUAUUCAGAUGGAAGUGGAGGGAUUGGAAAUAUUAUAUCAACUUGUAAUGUGGAUUGUGGAUGUACAACCUCAGCAUUUGAGCCCGUGUGUGGAUCAGAUUCCGUAACUUACUUUUCAGCCUGUCAUGCUGGAUGUAAUAUAAGUGAUACAGAUUUUUCACAAUGUGGCUGCAUUGGAUCCUUUGGUAAUGGUACAGCUACAACUGGAGAAUGUGGAAGUAGCUGUAAUAGCUACAUUGUGUUCAUUAUUCUUUUAUUUCUUGCCAUGUUGUGUACAUUUACGACGGUUACUCCGGCAUCCAUGGCUAUAUUGAGGUGUGUACCCGAUGAACAUAGAGCAGUUGGUCUAGGUUUGCAGUGGGUAUUACUUAGACUUUUAGGAACAAUUCCUGGACCUGUCUUAACUGGUUCCGUACUGGAUACAUCGUGUGAUGUUUGGCAGGACACAUGUGGCACCAAAGGUUCCUGUUGGGUUUAUGAUCGAACUGACAUGAGUUGGAAACUUUUUGUUUGGUGGUGCGCUGUGAAAGUAGCCAGUUCCAUUGGAUUUUUUAUUGGUGGUAAAUUUUAUAAGGCGCCUUCACAGACCACCUUGGACAUAAAACCGCCAACUGACACAAACAAUGUACCUAAUGGCGAUUAUGACGUGAACUUUAGCAAGAAACCAUAUGAUAACAUGGCGUAUUUGUCAAGUGAAGCGCCACCAUCUACCUCCAAUAAUGAUGUUGUCUUAUCGACGCAUAUAUGAGCAAUAACUAAUUUAUGCAUUAACUACGAGCAAAAGCUGUGAUUAAUUUGAUUGCAUGUUACUUCUACCUAACAUUAUUCAUUACACUCAUUCUAAAGGUGCGUUUACACGAUACGAUUUUCCAUCCGAUUUGAGACCGUCACCCAGGUAAAUCGUACAACGAUCUGUUCACAUGACACAAUUUUUCAUUCGGUUAACUAAACAACAUCCGAUUUUAAGUGUUCACAUGGUGCGAUUUUUGUCGAACCGACAUUAUAGGUAAAAAAUCGGUUGGAAAAUCGUGCAGUGUACCCUGUUUUAUUGUGAUAAAUGAAAUGAACUUACUUGUUUGUAUAUAUCCUUGGAUUAUUGUCAAAAUUUAAGACCUCAAAUGACAGGUUAAUCGAGACAAAAGAAACCCGGUUCCUUACGAAUUUAAAAUCUUGAUGGAGAUAAAUUUUCAAAGAUAACGUAGCGUUUAUUUUAAAUUUUAAAUCAAAAGAUUAAUUACAUCUUUCAAUUUUUCGAAAUUUGUGUCUGUGUAAGGAAAAAUUAUGAAUUUUGUAGAUAAAUUUUUUAUUACAAAAAACAAACUUCAUAGACGCCAUUGAAUUAUGGUUUACGUAAAAACGCAUAAAUAAUGGGUCCUAUCGCAGGUCGGUGGUUCUCUCCGGUUUCCCCCACCAUUUAAAACUGACCACCACGAAAUAGCUCAAUAGUGUUGAAAUUGGCGUUAAAAACCAAUUAAUCAAUCAAUCAUAAUUAAUUGGACAAUGUAUAAAAAAUGAAUCGGCUUUAAAUCAUUUUCUAAAUCAUUGCUAGAAGAUCGAGCAAUUCUAGAAGUACAAUAAUAUAUGAUGUUACCUAUUGACUUGUUAUUAUAUUCCAUAUGAUGCAACAUAACCAGAUAUGUGUAGUUUUUAAAUUCCGUGCUUUAUUUUAAAGUCUAAUCACGUGAUUCUAUUAUUAUUCAACAUGCAUAUUCAUAAUUAUUAUAUUUUGUUUAAAUUGAAUUCCGUCCUUUUUUUGUGUAUAUUGUUUGAGCACUAUCACACAAAGAACUUUUGAAUUUUAUUCAUUCUUGUAAAUAUAUGCAUAUAUAUAAAGAUACAUUGUAUAAACAUUGAAUUAACAAAUAAAAAAUGUAACAAUGUUAUAAAUAAAUGUACAUAUGGCACUAUAAACACUUGACAUGACAAAAGGCAAGGACAAAAUACAUAUGACAAUGAUAUGAUACAUGAUACUUCUUUGUGAUUUAAUACAUACAUGAUACUUCUUUGUGAUAUAAUACAUACAUGAUACUUCUUUGUGAUAUGAUUCAUGAUACUUCUUUAUUGUAUAAUACAUGAUACUUCUUUGUGAUAUAAUACAUGAUGCUUCUUUG